AUGGAUGCUUAUGAUAAAUUAGAAAAUAUCGGUGAAGGGAGUUAUGGAGUAGUCUACAAAUGUAUGGAACGUUGUUCAAAAGAAAUUUUUGCAGUAAAAAAGAUACGUAUGGAAAUCCAAGACGGAGGUAUACCAGCAACAGCUAUCCGAGAAAUAAGUAUACUAAAGGAGCUUAACCAUCCUAAUAUUGUGAAUUUAAGGGAAAUAUUCAUGGAUGACACACGGUUAUAUUUAGUAUUCGAAUUUCUACCCAUGGACUUAAAAAAACUAAUUACCUCAGGACGGAAAAAACACUUAGAUAAGACUACUACUAGAUCUUUAACUUGUCAGUUGUUAGUUGCCAUACAUCAUUGUCAUGCAAGGCGAAUAUUGCAUAGAGACUUAAAACCGCCAAACAUAUUAGUUGAUAUUAAAAAUAAUAUAUUAAAGGUUGCUGAUUUUGGUUUGAGUCGUACAUUUGAUUUGCCGAUUCGAGUCUAUACACACGAAGUAGUAACAUUGUGGUACCGGGCUCCCGAAGUGUUAUUAAACACUCAACGUUAUGGCUGUCCAAUUGAUAUGUGGUCCAUAGGAUGUAUAUUUGCAGAAAUGUCUUGCGGAAAACCUUUAUUUCGAGGAGAUUCAGAAAUUGAUCAACUUUUUCAUAUUUUCAGGAUUUUGACUACACCGAAUGAAAAAACAUGGCCAGGUGUUUCAGAAUUUAAGGACUAUCAACCUUUAUUCCCAAAAUGGAGUGAAAAUAUUUUAAAGAAAUCUGUCAAAAACAUAAAUAAUGAAGGGUUGGAUUUACUUCAAAAUAUGUUAAUAUAUGAUCCAAGUAAACGCAUUAAUGCCAGAGAUGCACUGCAACAUGAUUAUUUCAAGGAUUUAAAUAAAUAUACUCUUCCAGCAUAUCCUGAAAUUUGA